AUACAACAGCAACAGGAUGCCACGUGGUAAUAAAGAAUUAUCUCUUUUCCUCUGGGACCCUCUGUCACGGUUUUUGGCCUCAGCUGCCAAUCGAUGGACGUCAUUCAUACCCCCCCCGCCCCGCCACCCGUCCGACCCUCCUCGACGCGUCCUUCUCCUCCACGCGCAUCCCAUGGGGACUUCUUCUUUCAAUGGCGCCUGCUUUGAAACAACUCAUCGGUCGCUUCAAGAAGCUGGACACGAAGUACAGACUCUAUCUCUCUACGAGGAAGGUUUUCAGCCAUGUAUGCAAGCAAGUGACAUAAGGGAGUAUAUGAAGCCGCUCUCAGACCGGCACGAUGAGGGCACACCCGAUAAAGCGGCUCUCCUCCGAUAUAUCGACCUCCUUAAGUGGUGUGAUGCCUUAAUUUUUGUAUAUCCAACGUGGUGGUAUGCCAUG